CGAGAGAAGAGACACUGAUAAUCGGUGAUAAUAGUUUCCGCAUUUGACGCAGUGCGUUCAUCGGGAAACCGUCGGUCUCCAGUAAGCGUCCCUACUGGGGUUUUGUGAUAACCGUUUUUCUUUCCGGUCGUGUAAGGUCGACUUAGGCCCACGUUGGCAACAAACACGCACGCCCGGGAACAGUACACACCGUAAACAUUCGAAAAGUUUGAUUCCCUGGGACGGCCAUUUUGCCGUGUCUUGUCGUUAUCCGAUUGAGCGCUACGCUCGGCAGCAGCAACAUCCAUCCGUUUCAAGUUCAUCGUGAACGUACAAACGGAGAGGACACGGGCCUUGCCUUGCCUUUGCCGCUAAAGGAGACAAAGCGAUCGACGUGGUAUUCGCCGCAAGUGCUAUUGUUCCCGAAGUAGAAACACUGAAUUCCUUGCAAAAUGAUGACCGAAACGCAUAUAAACGCAAACCAUAUGCUAAAUUCUGGUUUGAAUGCAAAAGCUGAACUAGAGAAGUUGGACGAUGUAGGCUGGAAAGCCAAACUUAGAAUUCCACCCAAGGACAAACGUAUAAAAACUAGUGACGUGACAGACACGCGCGGUAAUGAGUUUGAAGAAUUUUGCUUGAAGCGUGAAUUGUUAAUGGGAAUCUUCGAGAAAGGAUGGGAAAAGCCAUCGCCGAUACAGGAAGCUAGUAUUCCCAUCGCGCUAUCUGGUAAAGACAUUUUGGCACGUGCAAAGAACGGCACCGGGAAGACUGGAGCAUACUCCAUUCCAGUUCUGGAACAGGUUGAUCCGCGAAAAGAAGUUAUUCAAGCACUGGUAAUAGUUCCAACUAGAGAAUUAGCGCUACAAACAUCACAGAUAUGCAUCGAGCUUGCGAGACAUAUGGACAUAAAAGUGAUGGUGACUACAGGUGGAACCAAUUUACGCGAUGAUAUCAUGAGGAUUUAUCAAAAAGUACAAGUGAUAAUAGCGACACCAGGAAGGAUCCUCGAUCUUAUGGACAAAAAUGUUGCUCAUAUGGAUCAGUGCAGAAUUUUGGUUCUGGACGAAGCAGACAAACUUCUUUCGCAAGACUUCAAGGGAAUGCUGGAUCAUGUAAUUUCUAAAUUACCACGAGAACGACAGAUAUUGUUAUAUUCAGCCACGUUUCCUCUGACGGUGAAGCAAUUCAUGGAAAAGCACCUGAAAGAUCCCUACGAGAUUAAUUUAAUGGACGAGCUGACCCUUAAAGGUGUAACUCAGUACUAUGCCUUCGUACAGGAACGUCAAAAAGUUCAUUGCCUGAACACGCUGUUUUCCAAGUUGCAAAUCACGCAGAGUAUAAUAUUCUGCAACUCGACGCAGCGCGUUGAAUUACUGGCUAAGAAAAUAACUGAUUUGGGGUACUGCUGCUACUACAUACAUGCAAAAAUGGCACAGGCACACCGAAAUCGCGUCUUUCAUGACUUUCGCGCUGGAUUGUGCAGAAACCUGGUGAGCAGUGAUCUGUUUACGCGCGGUAUCGAUGUUCAGGCCGUGAACGUUGUAAUCAACUUCGAUUUUCCGAAGAUGGCAGAGACGUAUCUGCAUCGUAUCGGUCGUUCGGGCAGAUUUGGUCAUUUGGGUAUCGCAAUUAACUUAAUCACCUAUGAAGACCGCUUCAAUCUGCACCGUAUCGAGCAGGAGCUCGGUACCGAAAUCAAGCCGAUACCAAAAGUAAUAGACCCGAGCCUGUAUGUGGCGAGACCGGAGGACAAUAACAGCAUGGAUGAAGGCAACGUGUCCAAGUAGCUUCGAAUCAAUCAAUGCUUGAACUUAUUUUCGCCAUCGACCUCGACGAGGCUCGGUUGGGGAAAAAGACAAAGAAAAAGUGAUUCUGUGACUCGUAUAAAAAAACGAGUUUGCGCGUCUAGACGCUUAGAAUUCGCUAAGAGUGUUAAAAAGACUCGAUUUAAAAAGCCGAAGAUAUCCGAUGAAUUAUGUAUUAAUGGUGUUCAAGGAAAAGGAAACAGUCAAAGCUACGUCUACUGUGGAGAUGUUUAAACUUAUUGGUGAGAAGUGAGAGAGAAGUGUGCCGCGUAGGGGAAAUUGAAGAAAAAAUUAAUAAUUAUCACCGUAAAGAGCAAAGGGAAAAAUACGAGUUGUAAAUAAGGUUUUUUUCGGGGAAAAAAACUACGAGAGAGAUGAUCACCAGCUUUAUCAUCGGCUGGCAGCUUGCACGACCGAUUGAAGUAGCUUGGAAAUCCGGAGAGCAAAUCAUUUCUUUGUACAUAAUGGAUUACAUUUAAAGAGUGUACAUAGUACCAAUUGUAAGCCAAAGUCAAGCCAUGAUCAGGUGUAUACGAUUUCUACAGGGACGACACGUGUCAAACAAAAUUAAUCGAUCAUUGCAUUUCAUUUUCGAGCAUGUAAAUAACGUAAGGAGUAUCCAACAUCUGACCUUUUGACGAUAAACUUUUAUCUAAUGUUUCUUAUUAGCAUGGUUUUUUUCGUUUCACUUCUUUUCUCCUUCAGCUCUGUUCAGGUCAGGCUUGAGAAUAUUGGAAUGUUUAACUUGAGUAUUCGGUCAUAUUUCGCCUAGGAGAAGUUGUAAUUAUUCGUGCUAUCUAUUCGAUACAACUCACUCAUCCAUGUUCUCCAAUUUGGACGUGCGUACAUGCUCUUACGUCCAUAUAUUUCAAUUUAUCAGUCGACCUUGACGCAGCACGCCUGCAAUUAUUACUCGUCCACGUCGUAUCUUUUCUUACUAUUUUGAUUAUGGCUUGACUUUGCCAGUCGAUAUACUUGUCAUACAACUCUGAAAUUCAAAUCACUGCUUGCAGAAAAAUUUAUUUUCGUUUUGUUUUCCUUCACUUCAUCCUAGAGACGCUGACGAAGUCUCCUAUGUUCUUUCCUUUUCUUUCUUUGUUUUAUUUUUAUCCCAAUAGGAUUUGAUUUUUUUAUAACACUGUGAUUGAGAGUCAGAGGUUGUAAAAUUGACUAGUUUUAUACAAUUAUUUUUAUAAAUAACUGGUUGGUGGUAAUUUUGCAACGGGAAUCUCAUGUACAUUGUGCACGGAUGGCUAACACUUCUUUUCGUUUCUUUUCGCCGUUUCUGUUACGUACGACGACUAAAAGUAAUGGCGAAGAAGUAACAUGUGAAAAGUGCCAUCGAACUGCAUUGAAGCACAUGGUUCCCGAACUGUUUCUUUAACACCGAAAUCAUACAUUUGCACACGUCGAAAUUUCCGCUGCGACGUGAACGGACUAACAUCAGUGCUGGAAUCUAAAAAUUUUCCUAGAGAUAUGGGUAAAUUUGCUGCGCGACUCAUACUCGCCACGUAUAGCUUUUUAAGUAUUGUGAAAGUGACCACCAGCCAAUGUGACCUAGGUUUAUGGAAUGAUUCGUACACAACAAAUAGGCAAUAGGAAAUCGCUUCGUGAUGCUGAAGUCAAGGAUUAACACGAGUCGGAAUGCGGAAUAUCGUUACUAUGUCCAUUAAGUUGUCUGGAAUGCAUAAAUAAAUUUAGUUGAAAUUCGGAAAGAGGUUAUGUAAAUAUCUACUUUGAAUGGAGUCGGCUCGAUGUUUAACGUGCUGUCACUCGUACAAGUUCAUAAAUGCUUAAAACGCAUCGAUAGGAAAAAGAAAAGGAGAAGAAGUCCCUAAUUAAGAACCAAAAUCGAGUUUCGUAUCUAAUUACUUUUUAAUUUUGUGAUACGGUAUUGCCUUUAUCGAUCGAGCAUUAGCUCAAACUUACAAAAUCGGAAAACUGCAAUUGUUAUUAUCUUUUACACAAUUUAUCUGAAGAACUAAAGUAUGUAAAAAACGUAAUAAAGUGAUUAGAAAAUAUUCAAUUACAAACUCACCAAAUGUUAUUAAACUAAUUUUGAAUGGUGUAUUUAAUAGUUGAUUUCUAUAUCUUCUAUUUUCAUACAAAGACUUUGAAUGUCAUGACAUAGAAAAUGUAAAGUUUCAGUAGUUACAAAUCUAUAAAUUUAUCAAAAGGUAUAGGUUUUGUAAUUAUGAACAUGCUCCUUUUACAUUUCAUCAAAUUAUUUUCCAUGUUUGAUUAACACGGGUGACUUUUUUAUGUUUCUUUUUGAAAAUGUUAAUAAUGUUACAGCCCAGUAAUGUGUGAAUAUAUAAAUGAGAAUUUUUUGAAGCUUGUCGUCUAAAUAAAAUUACUAUAUCCUGAUUCGUGCAUAUAGAAUAACUUGGAUAUAUACAUUAUCCAAAAACGUGUCUAAUAGAUUACUUAAAUAUGAAGAGCAUUAAAUGUAUUAAUAUACAUAUAAUUGAAUCGCAGUAGAAUCAAAAAUGUACGUAACAAGGUCUAUUUCUCGAUAUGUAUGAAUGAUUCAAUUAAAUUAUUUCAGCUAAUAUGAACUGUAGAAUGUCGAACAUUUUGGGCGAAUGCGGACAGAUUACAAUCGAUUUAAGGAAACGGCCCCUUUGUAAUUUCAAUAAGUUAACUAUUCUAUUACGACAGGUUUGGACUCGACAGAAGUGGACGAACAGAAUUAUAUUGCUAAAUUAAUUUCGGCAAACUGAACAGUUAGACAUAUUAGAAUUUAAAUAAAAAAAUGCAUAUGUAUUAAAAAGUAGCGCGUACACUUCAAUAAUUAAUUUUAACACUAUUUAAAAACUUAACAUAUUUUCAUGAUAACCUUUUAAAACGUACAGUGCAAUUGAAUGCGUAAUAGAAACAUUACUUGCGUGUACAAAAGAAACAUCUUAAACACUUUUAAAAAUUGCCUUCCUGCAUUCUACAUUGGCGUAUAUUACACUAUUUUUAUAUCACUGCUUUACAUAUAUAACAUCCCAUUUAGUUGCAUACCAGCAAAUUUGAUUUGAUAUAUCAGAUAUAAUAAUAUUUUUCACGAUAUAUGUAUGAUAUGACAAAAGAAUAAACAAUUAUUUUUAGCGGUAAUUCUUCAUCAAUUUCGGUUAUUGUAUACAUUGGUUAACCUACAUUUAGUUAAACCUUUUCAAUUGGGGGAUUAUUGUACAUAUUUUUACUUCACUUUUUAAUUGAAUUUCUACUUGUUAAUCUGAUAAAAACAUGCAAUAUUAUUUUUAAAUUGCACACCAUAGGAUCGGUAAAAGUUCCGAACGGGAUUUUUAUGAAUGAAAGAUGUGGAAAUAACGAAAAUAACAUACUUUAUAUUUAACUUCAGGACGGCAAUAUCAUUACGUGAUUUUGUUGAUCCCGACAAACGACGAUAUUAGGGAAGAUAUUAAUUAGUAUUACAUUAAUUGAUAUCUUCUGAGUUAAUCAAGUACUGAAGGAACACAUUAAAAGAUUGCUACUAGCACUUUGCAGGCGAACAUUAAGUAACUUUGCAUGUACUUAUUUUGUGCUGUUUCAUUAGAACAUCACUUUUACUCAAACCAAAAAACAUUCCCAUUCUGGUUUUCAUAAUGAAUGCAGGGUUGUAAUGAUUUCGUGAUUUGAAAUAUUGCGACACUUAAGAGUCGAACGAAACCAAGAUGCGUAAGAAUAAAUUGUAAGACUGAAAGCAGGCGAGUAUAACCGCAUUAAAUACUGUUAUACACAGUUAAGAGAAUACAGUAACUAGACAUUUCUUAAGUCUUACAUUUAAGAUUUCGUUAUGGCAGGUUCAUAAAGGACCCGUACCAGGAACACACAAUUUAAUUAACAAGUUUCAUUAAAAGGAAUCCAUGAAGACAUUAUUGAAAGGGUUUCUUGAAAUUUUGAAUCGGGAUUUGCUGAAUUACUUAAAUUACGUUUUUUACAUGCUUUUCCCUUUAAAAGUAUAAAAUAUAUUAAAUGAAAAAUGCAGAAAAUGAGCUGACUCUCGUUUAUCGCACACCUAUAAUUAUUUCAUUUCUAAUUAAUAAUAUCGGCGACCGCAAAUUCAACUUCAGUUUUCUUCCUCUCCAGUAUUCGAUCAUAUUGAUAGAAGAAUAAACCAGAAAUUUAGUGAAGCUGAUUUUCUUUCACUCUUGUAUAGGCCUUAAAUAAUGAACUCUUUCACUAAAUGAGUAAUUAGAAAAUCAUUUUCGAUAAUUAAUACUGCAUCUAGAGCAACUUAUUGGACAAGGAUACAAAUGCACGAUUUCCCAUGAACAGCGUUUUUCACGAAUUUUUCUGUAACGUGUAGAUAUACAUAGUUCUCUAUGAAUAAAUUAGUACGACACAUCGGGUGUUCAGCGAAUGUAAUCGCAGGAACACCUUUCCUAAGUUAAUUCAACAAUUAAGUGCUGUAAAUCGUCACAAUCGAUCAAUAUCCGAGAUAGGUAGUUGUUAAACAAUUUUUUAAUCAAACCCAUUACCAUUGUGCUUUCAGUACCAAGUAAUAUUUAAGUACGACGUUACUAUCUAUAAUGGUAACACGACGGUAACACACUAUCUGUCUAUACUGGAGAUACACGAUACGAAAUAGAUAGAUAGCCGUGGUACGUUAAAAUAAUACUUGUCGCCGAACAAUAAUUAUGCAUUAAAAACUCUCCCACAAAGGUAGUGUUUGAUAUUAAAAAUGUCUAGGAUCUACUUAUCUCGAGUUAUUCCAGCGUUAACUUUUUUUUUUAUUUUUUUUUCAAGAUCGAUUGUUUGCGGAGAAUGUUCAUCGUAGUACCAAAGCGGAAUGUGUAUUACGAUGGACUCCACGCACAUGGUGAACUCUAUCAUGUAAUUAUUUAAAAAAUCAACAAGUUGUUCCUUAAGACGAUUAGUUUGGCUAGGUUCCAUGAAUUGCUAAUCUGUAAUUACUGUGCGUUGUUAUUAUUCAAAAAUAAGAACAGGUUGUGUUGCAUGUUUAAAAGUAUGUAUAAGACCAAUUUUGUGAUAUUUGCAUAUGCGGGGAAAUGAGAAAAACUAGGGAAUAAAAGCAUUUCCUGAUCGGUGUCCAAACUAUAUGUGUCAUAAAGCUGCAAGUAUAAAAAAUCAUCAGAUCUGAAUAUGAUUAAACAGUCAGGUUUUGCACAUUGCAACAAACUUGUCAGAUAAAAAGUCGUAAUAGACAUUUACUAAGAAAAUAUGUGCAAGUAUUUACGGGAAUCGAAGACUGCUAAGCAAAAUAAACGUGACAUUAUCAUUUCACCAAAUUCUUGCUAUUCAAUGCAUGUAUGAAGUUUAUACUUGUUUGCAGUUUAAAUCUAUGUCGAAGAGUUUAACACUUUGCAGUCCGCCGCGCCAACGGCAUGGGGUCGUCGUGGUGUAAGAACUUAUAAUGAAAACAAAUCAAGUCUAAUAUUAAUAGGAGCUUUUAUAUUGACAUUCAUUUAUAGCAAAUAUGUGCGGCCAAGUAGAAUCGUAGGAUCUGUAUGCUUAAGCCAGCGAGCGCUAUAGAGUAGUUCUUACAGCAGACCAUUAAGUGUUAAAAUGAAUGGUAUGUCACACAUCUAGUAAAUGGUCGUAAAGUGCAGUAGGAACUGAACAUGCAGUAUUAACUGAAAUUUAUGUAUCUCUGAAAAAGCCAUUAACAAUAUUAGUCUCCAACUAGAGUUCGUUUUUCAUCGCUUUAGAUAUAAUCGGACUCUAGCGAUUCUAAUAGAAUGAGCUUUAAAAAAUGGAUGAAAAAUGAAAUCGCAAAAUGCUUGAAAUAGUAGCAAAUUGAAUUGUUUUUUUUUUUCCCAAUAAAAUGUCAUAUUGGACUGUCGUAAAUACCAAUAUUUCUUAUUUUUUUUGCCUGCUUAAAUAUUGUGUUUACUAGAUUGUUUUGUUUAGAUUCUAUAAUGUAUUAUAAUACAUUACGAAAUGUAUCCUUGUGGAUUAUACAAAAUUUGUUUCAAUAUACUUAUCUUCACGGCUAGAUACAUAUUUUUAAUAACUACUUCGCCUUUAUAGAAGAAAAAAUCGCCUAUUACGAAAGUUGAGUAUUUUUUGAAUGUAUCGAAAAUAUUACAAGUCAAUAAACAUCGACACUACGAAAAAGCAGUGCAGCAGCAGAUAGCACACAUUUUAUCAACAUGUUUACUCAGAAUUAGUAAUGUUAAAUUCAGAAAAAAAUUACGCUUCAAAAUGAAAUCGCAAAAACAAUUACUCUGACGAAAAAAGGCGCAAAUAAUACUUUUUGUGUUUAACUGAAACCGUUUCACUAUCAAUGACACCUUACGACCAUUUACGUUUUCAAAAAAAUGACGUGCUGUAAUUACAAUUUCCCAUCCAUGAAAAAUGGUGAUAAAUAUGGUGGAAUGAUAAUUUUGUGAGAAUUCGAUCGUCUUGUACUACUUUUCACAUAAUGGCUGGCAAAACAACCGUCACAUAGGCUGUGUAUUGAUCAGUUUGAAGCUGGACAUUUUUUCUGUAUAUAUGAACCUGUCUAAGAAACACAGUGUCCAUCAUUGCCGUCGAAUAGGUUAAUACAUAUAGUUUGGCCGAUUAUUUACGUGCGUUAACACAUUGUUGACCGGUCACGAGUUAAUUCGUGCCGGAACGACUAGCGUAAAAUUGCCGGUCAUCAAUGAGUUAAUACUCGCUUUAGUACUGGAGGUUUUUAUUUUACUUCUAAUUGUAUAAUUACAAAACAAAACAACGCAUCAUAUCAGAGGAAAUAGUCUAAAAUUCUUGUUAUAUUUUUUAUUACCACAUAACUUGGUAUUUACAUUUCAUAUAUCAAGGACAAUUAGAAAUGAUUUCUUUUACUACAAUUUACUUCACGUCUCAUAUGCCCAAUUUCACUAAAUUCAACCCUUGUACUUAUGAGAGUACCACUUAUAUCUUAACAUUAUUCUUCAGAUGUAUCAGUAUCUCUGCUCUUAUUUGAAAAUAAUUUGAUAAUUAAAUAUUGAACCAAAAUAUCAUAACGAUUACACUUGGUAAGCAAAGCAACAUAUCUCCUGUUUCGCCCAGUCAUGGACAUAUUUAUUUUUAUUUUUCUAAACCUUUUUCGUAGCUAGCGUCUUCAGGAACAUCUUGUUUUUAUAACAGGUGGAGAUAGGCAGUUGUUACAUAUUCAUACAAAUUAUACAUGUCUUUAAUUUCUUUAAAAUUUGUAUUUUAUUCCCACAUACUGUGCAAAUACACUAGUACCAUUACUACCAUGCAUUACAAAUGUAAUAUACUUAAUUGUAAUGGUAGGGUGUCGUAAUAAAGGUAAUGGUGUAUUUGAUGAAGACUUCGUCAUCUAAAAGUGCAACAUUAAAAUAUUUUAGUCUAUUAUAAUGUUUUUGCAACAAUGGUAUGUGACAACUGUCCAUUUCUAACUCCUAGCGACCGAGCGUAAGAAAUCCCGAUCUUACGAAUUAAGAGAGAUGUGGAUUGGCGAUUACAAAAUUCGUUAAAAUAUAGCGUUAUUCGGUACGCUUAUUUAAAUGGCUUAAAUUUCUUAUAUAUGAUUUUUACGCCAUUCAAUCCGUUGGCGAUGAAGAUCGCUUGUCUUCAUUCGUUCCAUUUAUUCGAUAAAUCAGGUCUUGAUUGGUCGGA